AUGAGUGUGCAAUGUUUGGGUGUACAACGUUGCGUGGAAGAUGCCAUCCAUAUAGAUCAAGUUGUAAAUCGAAUUUAUGCCGAACAGGUUAAAAACAUUUUAAAUUAUAUAGGCGGUAGUAUUCAUACCCGGAAGCAUGUGAAAGAGAUGAAAAUUGUUGAGGAAAUUGGUACGGAAUUGAAAAGACUAUUUUGUGUAAUAAUAGCACCUAAUUUUAUACAAGGUUAUCGUUCAAUAUAUCGUGAAAUGUAUAAAAAUAUGGCUUAUUUAGAUCAAUGUAAAAAUGUGUGUAGAUUUUUUAAUAGUCAUUUUUGCGAAUGUUCAUCGUUUCAAGUGUAUAUCCCGUUUGUACCAUUUAAUGAGACAGAUUAUACUAUACGUUAUCAAAUUCGUAAAGUACACGGUUUACCGAUUGUUAAUACUAGGUUAACAGAUGAUUUUUUUACAUUGAAAGAGUCGAUGGAUUUUUUAACAAAGGAAUUUUUGAAUAAUGCAGAUUUAGUUGCUUAUAAAGGCGGUGACAUUGAACGUACUUUGUUAAAUAAUAUGGGUGUGCGCUGUAUUAAUCUUGAAGUAUUAGCAUGUCCGAAAUAUGAUGUGUUGUUGACCAAAUAUGGGUAUGAACAGGAAUGUUGUAAAUAUCAUCUGGGUGAUUAUUUUCAUUGUUCAAAACAUGAGGUGAAAGUAUUUUCGGAAUUUGUUCAAAGGGUUUUAAAAGGACGGUGA